GUGAACGUGUGCUUACUGUUUAGUUUCUGGAGCAUGACAAGUUUGUAUAAAAGUUGGAUCAGUUUGCUGUGUAGCUAGCAUGAAUGCUAACCAAUCCAGGAAGCUUGGUCCAAACGUAUUCGGCAUAUGAGAACUAACUUGUAGUCAUUACUUUGGAUUGAACAUUAAUAUCAUCACCAUGGCAGCCAAGUCAUCUCUCCUAAAGGUGAUCCUGCUUGGUGACGGUGGCGUGGGCAAGUCGUCGCUCAUGAACCGAUACGUUUCGGACAAGUUCGACGCGCAUCUCUUCCACACUAUCGGCGUGGAAUUCCUCAACAAAGAGCUGGAGGUGGAUGGGCGGCGGGUGACUCUGCAGAUUUGGGACACCGCCGGUCAGGAGCGCUUCCGAAGCCUGCGCACGCCGUUUUACCGCGGCUCCGACUGCUGUCUUCUCACGUUCGGCGUGGACGACUCGCAAAGCUUCAUCAACCUCGGGCACUGGAGGAAGGAGUUUGCCUACUACGCUGACGUGAAAGAGCCCGACAGCUUCCCUUUCAUCAUCCUUGGCAAUAAGAUCGAUGUAAUGGAUCGGCAGGUCACCAGCGAGGAGGCGCAGAGGUGGUGUUAUGAUAACGGCGGCCACCCGUAUUUUGAAACAAGUGCCAAGGACGCAACAAACGUCGCUGAAGCUUUUGAAGAGGCCGCAAGGCGUGUGCUGGCGCUGGAGGAUCGUCAAGCUCACGUCAUGCCUUCAGACGUUGUGGAUAUGCGUAGGAAGCCACGCUCUGGCAGUCGCUGUUGUUUGUAACAGCUGGAUAUUAUGAAAAAGUCAAUCCAUGGACCAUAUAAAGCUGCAUAAUAGACUUUUAAGGACUUACUAGAGCUGCUCUGUUACUCCUUUUUUGACAUCCAGGACGUAUUGUGUCUAGCAGUAGUAAGUCAGAGCAGCUGGACAUUAGUUAUAAUUGUUAAAAAUAUCGGACCACAUGUUGGUUCUGGUCUGUGAAGCUUAAAUCAUUGAGUAAAGUACCAUUGAAGGCUCUUGUACGAGUGUUGAAACAUUAUUACACAAAUGAAUUUGACUAACUGCUCUUACACACUUGAAAUGACCCAGAUUGCAGAAAACCUCUAGAGCUUCUCCGUAGCAGGUGGCGCAAGGGUUUGGGAUUUUGUAGCUUCUAACCAAUAAGUUCUACAGGUUUUGUGUUGGAGGCCAUUUUUCAGGCCAGUGAACAAACAAACACUUACCAGGGAAUAGAGUUUAAUUACUGAAUUACUGCAACUAAUGUUUAAAAUGAUUAAAUGUGUUUAUAACCA